CCAUCUGGCGAGGCAUUGUCGCCAACCGUCUACCAGGGUGCAACCACAGGAGGAGAUGCCAUGACUGGAACACUCACGGCUUUUGUCUGCCUUGGACUGACUCUGGGCCUCAGGAACCUAGCAGCUGCAUCGAUACUUCCAAAGCCUGCCAUCAGGGCUGAGCCAGGAUCUGUGGUUGCCGAAGGAUCUCAGGUGACCAUCUUAUGUGAGGGAACCUCAGAUGCUCAGGGUUACUAUCUUUACCAUUACAGAGACCUAGUUUCUGUGCACAGAAUGACCCUGAUGAAGCCUGGAAACAAGGCCAAAUUCCUCAUCCCACUUAUUAAACAGUCCCAUGCCGGGCAAUAUGUCUGUUUGUGUCACAAGCCUCCUAGUUGGCUGGAGAAGAGUGAUACCCUGGAGUUGGUGGUGACAGGGUAUUUCACCACAAAACCCACACUAUCAGCCCUGACAAGCCUUCUGGUGACUUCAGGAGAGAACAUGACCCUCCAGUGUGUCUCACAGGAGAGAUAUGACAGUUUUAUUCUGACCAAGGAAAAUGAGAAAUUCUCCAGGCCCCAGGACUCACAGCAUGUAAACUCUACUGGGGAGUUCCAGGCUCUUUUCCAUAUAGGUCCUGUGACAGUCAGUCAUAGAGGAAGGAUUAGAUGUUAUGGCUACAAGAAUAGUACCUAUCUGUGGUCGAAGCCCAGUGACCCCCUGGAAAUACACAUCACAGGUGAGGUAGCCCCAGCAACUGUCUAAUCAUCUUUUGAGAUCCAUGGGCUCUGGUCCCUAAGGAAUCCCAUGCAGGAAGGUGCUGAAAGAAACUCCUAGCUCUUGAACUAGAGGUUUAGAAUGUUAAGGAAGUGGUACCUACAGGACAUAAUGGGAAGCGGCAGAAAUAUUAUAGG